AUGCAACUAUCUAACAGUUCUUCCACUGAAGUUUCAGAAUUCCUCUUGAAUUGUUUUGUUAGAUCUCCAAGCUUGCAGCGCUGGCUCUCCUUGCCCCUGAGCUUGCUCUUCCUCUUGGCUAUGGGAGCCAAUGCCACCCUCCUAAUCACCAUUUGGCUGGAGGCCUCUCUUCAUGAACCCAUGUACUACCUGCUCAGCAUGCUCUCCCUGCUGGACAUUGUGCUCUGCCUCACGGUCAUCCCCAAGGUCCUAUUCAUCUUCUGGUUUGAUCUCAGGACUAUCAGUUUCUCUGCCUGCUUCCUCCAGAUGUAUAUCAUGAAUUGCUUUCUGUCCAUGGAAUCUAGUACCUUCUUGAUAAUGGCAUAUGAUAGAUAUGUUGCCAUCUGCCACCCCCUGCGCUACCCAUCCAUCAUUACUGAUCAAUUUGUUGCCAAGGCUGCCAUUUUUAUACUAGCCCGGAAUGCUCUUGUUACUGGACCCAUCCCCAUUCUUUCAGCUCGACUGCAUUAUUGCCAGUACAAUGUCAUUGAGAAUUGUAUUUGUGCCAAUUUGUCAGUGUCCAAACUUUCUUGUGAUAAUGUUACACUUAACCGCCUCUACCAAUUCAUUGCUGGUUGGACUAUGCUUGGUUCUGAUCUCAUUCUCAUUUUCCUUUCUUAUGUAUUCAUCUUACGGGCUGUUCUUCAGCUAAAAACUAAAGGUGCUGCAGCCAAGGCCCUGAGUACAUGUGGCUCCCAUUUCAUCCUCAUCCUCUUCUUCAGCACCAUUCUUCUGGUCUUUGUUCUCACCCAUGUGGUCAGAAAGAGAGUUUCUCCCAAUGUGCCCAUCUUGCUCAAUGUUCUGCACCAUGUCAUCCCAGCAGCUCUCAACCCCAUUGUCUAUGGGGUCCGGACUCAGGAAAUCAAGCACGGAAUCCUAAAGUUAAUGAGAAAAGGAAUGUGA